UGAAGUAACGAUGUUGAUGCAAGUGUAGAAGAAGCAUCACUUCCCAAUUUCAUUGCUCUCUGUUUGCAAUCUCACAUUCUCACUUUGUUUUGAUUUUGCUGGGAUAACAAGAAAUCAAUCUUAUCUAGAGGAGGAGGAGGAGAAGGAGGGGUUUGCUUCCCACUCGUUCUCUAGUUUCUUCUGCUUCUUUAUCAGUUUGUUUCAAGGGAAAAUAUGGAGGCUCUUUUUUCCAUUGUCAAAGCUGCUAAGUACACUGUCGAUCCUACUGCGCGACAGCUUGGUUACAUAUUCAAGCAUAAGGCCAAGUUUCUGAACCUCCAGACUAAAGUUCAAGACCUGGAGGGUGCAAGACAAAGGCUGCAACAAUCUGUUGAAGCGGCUAACAGGAACGGGGAGAUGAUUUCCGAUGAUGUUCAAAGGUGGUUGACAGAGGUGGAUGAGAAGAUCUCCGAGCAGGCCGCAAAGCAAUUGCGGGAGGAAGAAGAGAAAGCAACCAAGAGGUGUUUCUUGGGCUUUUGCCCUGAUUUCAAGUCCCGUUAUCAGCUUAGCAGGAAAGCGGACAAGGAGGCCGACGCCAUAACUCAACUCCUUACUCAAAAGGAUGCAUUUAAUACAGUUUCCUACCUUCCUUCUGUUGAAGUGACAGACAUUAUCAGACCUGUUAAAGAGUACGAGGCCUUCAAAUCAAGAAGCGGUGCUUUUGAUGAGGUCAUGGCGGCAUUGGAAGAUGAUACUGUCAGUAUAAUUGGAGUGUACGGGAUAGGGGGUGUGGGUAAAACUACACUUGUCAAAGAGGUUGCUGGACAAGCCAAGAAGAAACUGUCUUUCGAUGAGGUGGUCUUUGUAGCUGUAACACAAUCUCCAAACACAGUAAAUAUUCAAAAUGAGAUAGCCAACAAAUUAGGCCUGAAAUUAGACAACGACUCAAGCGUGGACGUGCGAGCUGCCCGGCUACGUGAUCGACUAAAGAGAGCCAAGAAGGUUCUUAUCAUCUUGGAUGAUAUUUGGGAGGAACAGGAGGUGGACACACUUGGAAUUCCUACUGCAGACCAACACAAGGGAUGCAAGAUCUUAAUAACCUCGAGGAAGCUCGUUGUAUUGAAGUUGAUGAGUUGUCAAAAAAGCCUUCCAAUUGAUGUACUGAAAGAAGAUGAAGCAUGGAACCUGUUUAAGAACGUGGCUGGUCAUAUUGCUGAAACAUCUGACUUGCAAUCUACAGCAAUGAAAGUCGCCCAAAAAUGUGCAGGACUGCUGCUCGCUAUUACAACAGUUGCAAAAGCUUUGAAACAUAAGGAGAAUUUGUAUGAAUGGGAGGAUGCAUUGGAGCGGCUAAAACCUUCUGAAAUAAACUACAGGGGGAUAUCUGGUGCUGUAUAUUCAGCUAUAGAGAUGAGCUACACAUACUUGGAAACGGAAGAACGUAAAUACACUUUCUUGCUCUGCAGUACAAUGGGCCAUAAUGUUGUCAUCGAAGACUUGCUGAAAUAUUGUAGAGGCUUGGAUUUGUUUCAUGGCCUUGACACAAUUGAAAAAGCACGCAACAGAGUGCUGACAUUGGUUAGCGACCUCAAAGACUCUUCCCUGUUACUUGAUGGUUUCUUCUCUCAAAGGUUUUACAUGCAUGAUGUUGUUUGCGAUGUUGCCAUUUCAAUUGCUUCUAGGGAUCAUCGUUGGCUUGCUUUAGGAAAGGAAGAUGUAUUUGAAGAGUGGUCAAACGAGGAUACAAUGAGAAACUCUCGUCUUCUAAGCUUACAUUAUGCUAAGGUUAGUGAGCUUCCCGAUGAGUUGGAAUGUCCAAACCUUACAUUUUUCUCCAUGCAUGGCUCUGUGGAAGUUCCCGAUUAUUUUUUUAAGGGAAUGCAAAGACUCAGAGUCUUGGAAUUUGCCCAAACUCAUUUUACAACCUUGCCUUCCUCCAUUGGUUCCUUGAAAACUCUUUGUCUAUUGCGUUUGAUAGACUGUGAUUUAGAAGAUAUAGUCAUCUUAGGAGAGUUGAGAAAUUUAGAAAUCCUUGAUCUCCGCAGAUCUAGAAUGAAAGUACUACCAAAGGAGAUAGGACAGUUGACCAAGCUAAAGUUGUUAGACUUUAGUCAUUUUGAUAAUGAAUAUUCAAAUAUUAAUAUUAGUAUUAAUAAAAAAUAA